AUGCCUGAUAUUGUUGGAUUCUCUGGUGUAUUGGUGAUUAUUAAGAACUAUACAGGAGAUAGACUGAAUUUCGGUCUAGCCGUAGAGAGAGCGAAGAGUGAAGGAAUGAAGGUAGAAAUGGUGGUUGUAGGAGAAGAUUGUGCCUUGACGUCCACAGAUAAAACGGCUGGUAGACGAGGAUUAUGUGGAACUGUUUUAGUACAUAAGUUGCAGCCAGUAAAAGAUGUGGUAGCCACCAUGAUAGAUCACAUGACCAAUCAAUCAACCAAUACACAUCUAGAAUUAUGUAAAGGUGACAGUAUAGCUCUAGUAGUCAAUAAUUUAGGUGGUACGUCAGUUUUAGAGAUAAAUAUAGUAGCUAAUGAAGCAAUACAAUAUUUAGAAGAGAAAAGUCUUCAUGUUGAAAGAGUUUAUUGUGGAAGUCUGAUGACUUCGUUAGAAAUGGCCGGAGUUUCUCUCACCGUUUUAAAAAUUAACGAAACUCUCAGAGAUUGUUUGGAUUAUCCAACAACAGCACCGGGUUGGUCUAUACCAAUGUUACAUAAAGGGGAGAGAACUAGAAAAACACCAACGUCAAUAAAACCUGUAGUUUCUGAUGUUAAACAAGAUGAAGUUGAUAAAGAUUGUGUUACAGUGAACGAAGGUAAACUUUAA